AUGGGCAGCAUGGUAAAUAAAGGGAAAGGCACAGUUCAAAUGCCUCCACAACAAUGUGUACCCUACGGUCAAAUUUUACAACAGCCUCAAUUUGUGCCACCAGGUCAAUCUUUUCUACAACAGCCUCAAUUUGUGCCACCAGGUCAAUCUGUUCUACAACAACCUCCACAAUACCGACCAACUGGGUUGCCAAUCCAACCACAAUCAACUAUGCGACCACCAUAUCCAAAUGCACCUGGCAUGCCACGUUAUCCUAUGCCAUCAUCUGGUGUAAGUGCAUCAUCAUCUUAUGAACAGGAUUUAUUUCUUGCUAAUUUAACGGGCUGGCCAAUUGAUGAUAUCGAACGGUUAAGACGUGAAUUUUUUAGUUACACUAAUCCACUCGGUGUUAUUGAUCGUGAAGGUUUUCGUAAACUUUAUAUUGCAUCGCUAUUAAACAUGACGUGGGAUGCUGUGGAGCGUGAUUCUGAGAUAGCGUUUCGUAAUUUUGAUCUAAAUCAAACGGGUGGAUUAGAUUUCAAUGAAUAUAUUAUGGCUUGUUCACGUAUGACUAGAGACGCGAAUCCGCCACAGCCACCACCGAAUCCAAAUGUUAUUUAUUAA